AUGAAAGACCCACAACCUGCGAUGAAUAAUGAAAUUGAAGCAGCAGUUGAAUUCAUUAACAACUUUGAUAUUGUACCAGUCCCAGUUGGAGGUCAAGAUGCAUCUAAUAAUAGGACACGAUUAUUAUAUCCGGCAUAUUUAGCUGUAGCUGUAGCGCUUAAUAUCAAAAUUACAGUUUUGAUAGAAUUCCCAUAGAAAUUUUGUUGAAACGAUCAUUUUUGACAUAAAGGGCUACAGCACUGCAGUUCAUUG